GGGGAGGGAAGGAAGGGAGGAAGGGGGUGACAAAGAGACAGACAGACAAACAGACAGACAUACAGACAGUGGUGAACAGUCGGUGGGUGUAGCCUAGCUAGAGGAAUAGAAGGAGCGGAGAGGAGAUCGGAUGAAAGGAUAAACGCUGCUCUUUUUUAUUUAUUUAAAGAUGUGGGAGUGAAAGAGCGUGUGCACCCGUCGUGUCAUAACGCAUCCACCCACUAGCCCAAGACAAGCGCGCCACAGUCCGUCCAUAGCGUAAAGACGGGGGUAGGUCUACAUAAAUAUAAAUGAAAUAAUUAAAUAAUUCGCGGUGGCAAGAAGCGCGUCAUCCGCAGUGUGUCUCUCUCCUUGCACCACCUAAGUGCAGCCGAGACAGAAGAGAGGACGAGGAUACAGCAGGGAGGGGGAGAGAGAAAUCGCUUCCCUUACCGAAUCAAGGAGAGAGGAGACGCGACUAGCAGACAGAAAAAACGGGAAUAUACCUAACCCAUCUGUGACCAACCGGCGUGGCAAAGAUUUUUGGGGUGUUUUUAACGGCGAGCUAGAACGGAGAGCAGGGAUUCGGUGUUGCAGCGGCCUCCCUGAAGAACCGCACAUGUCGGCACGUUCGAGCACCCCAUCUCCAUCCCCGCCCUGCGCGGAGCCCCGUUCGGUCUGAAACGGCAGGGCCAGGCGGGUUACCGAAUAACGGAACCGUUCACGGAACCGGGGAACAGUGAUGCAGCAUCGGAGCGGGAAUCAGAAAGAAGAUUUUAUGAUAUGAGUCUUUUAUGACCUAAUCAAUUAAUGAUUUACUAAUCAUCGAUGUGGACGGAGCAAUCAAACGACUGAUUUUAUGGAUUCAUGUUGUUGACGUUUUCUGAAUGGAAUGAUCCCUAUAACCGGUGCUCGGGUAGGCCUGCUUUAUCGGUGUGAUGUGCUUUAUGUAAGGAUCCAUAGGCUAUAGGCUAGGCUAUAUCCAUGACAGAAAUAUAUAAAUAAAUACCAAAUUUAGGCCGAUGACAGGCUGAUGACGCCAAUACGGCAAAGCAGCCCUCACGGUAGUAGCCUAAAGAAUCCAUGUGCUUCUUCCCUGUCUAUCAAUAGAUACGUGGAUAAUUACCGUUAGAUCAAUGCGUUUGUCUUUGUCUGUGUAAAAAUAUGUUUCGUUAUUUUAAAAACGACUGGAGCAACGUUUUUUUCCUCCCUCGGCUGUAUUGAGACGGUAUAGGCAGCAGGCAGGCAGUCACAAGGUGCGAAGCGAAUUGAACAUCAAGCAACAGCAGAACACAUAUACAUACCGCUCUCUUUAGCCUAUUUAUUUUAACCUCCUCUCCUCAUCCAUCAAUCUCUGGACUGCACCUCUCCGUCUCUAUCCCUCCCUCCUUCCUCCCUCCUCUAUCACCCACUCCUCUAAUCCUCCUCACCCCUCUGUUCUAUUCCCAGAUUAUCCAUUUUGAUUAAUUUGUUAACAUAUUGGCUCUAUAAGGGACACAAAAAUAACAGUUGUUCGCCUCCAUCCUUUACGCCUCUCCUUCACUAUCAUAUCAUCGGUGCAUCUGGUCACACACACACACACACACUUGACACAGACACACACACACACACACACACACACACACACACACACACACACACACACACACACACACACACACACACACACACACACACACCGGGCCGCUCGCUAACACAGCACCGCAGCGAUGGAGACGACCAAACUGCCCCCGACCAGCCCUUCCUCCCCGACCACCGGGUUCUCGGUUCCGUCAGCGGAGAAGGUGGAUGGGUUUCCCCGGCGGUCGAUGCGCAGAGCCCGGCAGAGGCGCUCCCACUCCUCGUCCCAGUUCCGCUACCAGAGCUCCCAGGUCGAGCUGACGCCGCUGCCGCUACUCAAAGAUGCCCCUGUGGCAGAGCUCCAUAACCUGUUCUGUAAGAAGCUGCAGCAGUGCUGCGUCCUCUUUGACUUCCUGGACUGUGUGGCCGACCUCAAGGGGAAGGAGAUCAAACGAGCUGCGCUCAAUGAGCUGGUGGAGUCUGUUGCUACCAGCAGAGGAGUUCUGAUAGAGCCACUCUACCCAGAGACUAUUAAGAUGAUCUCAGUGAAUAUUUUCAGGACUUUACCUCCCAGUGAGAACCCAGAGUGACCGGAGGAGGAUGAGCCCACCCUAGAGGCCUCCUGGCCACACCUACAGCUGGUGUAUGAGUUCUUUCUGCGUUUCCUGGAGAGCCCAGACUUCCAGCCCUCCAUGGCCAAACGCUACGUCGACCAGAAGUUUGUUCUACAGCUGUUGGAGUUGUUUGACAGUGAGGAUCCGAGGGAGAGAGAGUAUCUAAAGACCAUCCUGCAUCGUGUCUAUGGCAAACUGCUGGGCCUGCGGGCGUACAUACGCAAACAGAUCAACAACAUCUUCCUCAGGUUCAUCUAUGAGACUGAGCACUUCAACGGAGUAGCAGAGCUACUGGAGAUUCUGGGCAGCAUUAUAAACGGGUUUGCGCUACCCCUGAAGUCGGAACACAAGCAGUUCCUGGUUCGAGUCCUGAUCCCUCUACACACAGCCAAGUCCCUGUCCAUCUUCCACGCACAGUUAGCGUACUGCGUGGUCCAGUUUAUGGAGAAAGAUGCCACAGUCACAGAAUACAUCAUACGAGGGCUCCUCAAGUACUGGCCCAAAACCUGCACCCAGAAAGAGGUGAUGUUCCUAGGGGAGAUAGAGGAGAUACUGGAUGUGAUUGAGCCGUCUCAGUUUAUCCGUGUUCAGGAGCCUCUCUUCAAACAGAUCGCUGCCUGCAUCUCUAGCCCACACUUCCAGGUAGCAGAGAGGGCUCUGUACUUCUGGAACAAUGAGUACAUCCUGUCUCUGAUAGAAGAGAACAGUCAGGUGAUUCUACCGCUGGUCUUCACUACACUCUACAGAGUCUCCAAGGAGCACUGGAACCAGACGAUAGUCUCUCUAAUCUACAAUGUUCUGAAGACCUUUAUGGAGAUGAACAGCAAGCUGUUUGAUGACCUCACUGCCUCUUACAAAGUGGACAAACAGAAGGAGUUGAAGAGGGAGCGUGAGCGUGCAGAGCUGUGGCGGGGCCUGGAGGAGCAGCAGGAGAGGAGGCUGCAGACCCUGGGGGAGACCAGUCGUAAUCAGAAGAACCUCCAGGAGAGAGGGGAGCCUCCUCAGCCCUCCUCCCCACAGACGGCACUCCCUAAGCAGCUAGACCUCAAGUCCAGUGGACCCUACUCCACCACCUAGAGUCAGACAGAGAAUCAGUACCAGAUCCACAGAGUACAGAACAUAUAGAGACAGUUAGUACACACACACACACACACACACACACACACACACACACACACACACACACACACACACACAUAGAGAAAUAGUGGUGUUUAAAGAGCAGAGCCUAAAAUAGACACAGACUGAAUACAUACUGAAUACACAGACUGAAUACGUAGACUGAAUACACAGACUGAAUAUGUAGACUGAAUACAUAGACGGAAUACAUAGACGGAAUACAUAUACUGAAUAAACAUACAGAAUAAACAUACAUAUCGCAAACACUGAAUACCCAGAAGGAAUGCACACACGGAAUACACACACUGAAUACACCUAUUAAUACACAGACUGAAUACACAUACCGAAUUACACAAGCAGCCCUGUACACCAGUGGUUCCCAAACUUUUUUUGAACUGAGGCACACCUUGAUGGGAUGAAAGAUUCUGCGGCACAAUUUAAUGACCUCCAUCUCAUCUGAUCCACACAGCAAAUCAUCUCUUUUCUGUGACAAACAUUUAUUAUAGAUCAAAUUGGGUUUAUUUGAACUAUGUUCAUAGUUCCUUACUCAUGAUGAUUAAUUUGUGUGUACCCCUUUAAGUAUGUCCCGCGAAUUCGUGCACUAUAAGAAAAAAUGUAGCUAUGGUAAAAUAGGUCUUUAUUUUUUAACGGUUUGGACCGUUUUUUUCUCCUUUUCUGUAAUUUAUAAAGGUGCAACUACGGACACAAAGCCAUCCAUGCUCCGUUUGUUUCUAUGGUACAGCUAACGGAGCAUUCACACCAAGCCACGCUAGCCUCGCCCUCACGUGGGUGCCUAACAAGCUAGCAAGCAAGCUAGGUAGCGCUUUGUAUCAACAGCUAUGGGUUAAAAGCUAUGGUGAGCCCCAUGCUGGCAUUGCUCUACGGUCCCCGCUCACUUCCCCCUCCUACUCCUCUUGUUUUUCGUUCCAUUGAAAGUGGGCGGGGCUCUGUUUGUUUCAUCGCCGACAACGUGUUAUGUGGAAAUGCACUGCAAUCACAGUUGCCUGUGCUAAUGGUUCUCACAGGCGAAGUAAAAUGUUACAAAUGACUUUUGCUCGUGAAGCGCCCCUCGAAUGAUACAAAAUGUAACAACAGCCUGAGAACACUGGACUUGAAACAACCACACAGAUGUAACCAUGUGACUUUUAAUGUUUUAUGUGAACGCCACUGGUGCUCCCAAAUCAACUUUCCAUGUGCAUUCCACAAGUCACGUUUAUAAGUGUGUUUUUAAAAAAAUCAUCAAAAUUAGGAAAAGUUUUGCGGCACACCUGAGAGUUCCUCAAGGCAUACCACACCCACUCUUAGCACUGCAAUACUACACACACUCCCUAUCUCAAACUAAACAUAUUUUUCACUCUCUUUCUCUCUCUCUCUCUCUCUCUCUCUCUCUCUCUCUCUCUUGCUCUCUCUCUCUCUCACCCACCCACCCACCCACACACACACACACACUCACACAAACACUGAGACCCACUGGUACUGAUUCUAGCUGUCAAGGUUUCGAUGUGGAACCGUCCUCCCAGUUCUGCGACAAGGACUUUUUACUGUCCCAAAAGAUGAAGAGGAAUGAUGAUGAUGAUGAAGUUAAAAUAACAUUGUUCCUUCUUCUCUAAUGCUAAUGUUUUUAUAUGUCUGAAUAUGAUCAUAUUAUGAUCAUAUUAUGAUCAUAUUAUGAUCAUAUUAUUAUCAUUAUUAUUAUCAUUAUUAUAGUGUUGUUCGGUUGGAGACUCCUUUAGUGGUAGCACUCCUAAUGCUUCAGCAGAACUAGGGCACGGCCCAAAUCACACCCUAUUCACCACUGGCCAAAAGUAGUGCACUAUGUCGUUCACUACUGGCCAAAAGUAGUGCACUAUGUCGUUCACUACUGGCUAGCCCAUAGACAGGGUUACAUUUGACAUUUUAGUCAUUUGGCAGACGCUCUUAUCCAGAGCGACUUACAUGAGCAAUUAGGGUUAAGUGC